AUGACUUCUCUAACAGUCACAAAAUUAACUGUAAAUAGUUCCUCGAUCAAUAAAACAGCAAGCACUUCUCCAAAUUCUAAGGGUAUACGUGCACAUCUUUUAGGAACCUCGAUCACAACCGAGGAGGUGAAGGGUGGUCAGCCAGACAACGCCACUGUUGCUGCUAUUCGUAACAAAGUUCGCCAGGUAAUAAGCUAA